AUGUCUGACACUUCAGACCGCUUCGGCAUCCUCAAUGGGGGUACGGGUCCCAAGCAGCCGUUCUGCGAGGACCCUACGCCCCACAGCAACUUUGCCAGGGUCGAUGACAGGGAGACCACAAGUGUCUCGACGUCCGAGGACUACUCGGACCUCUUCGACUGGAGUGCAUAUUAUGCAUCCGGAACGACAACAGAUGUAACCACACAGUCUGAUGCUCCCUCCUCGGCGGGGAAGCUUGCCGUCAUGCCCUCCGCCGUGACCCCCGCCAGUACCCCCCCGCCGGGUCCCGGUCAAGACGAGGAUUGUCCUAUGCUGGACCCCCCGGAGACUGCCAACCAAGACGAGGAUUGCCAGAUGCAGGACGACCCAGCACGAGAAACCCAACCUCUUGACGUCUGGCCGAAGCUCUCGGGACCCCUUCCUCCGCGAGACACAGAUAUCUUGCUAGAAGGGUCACCUUCGCCAUCACCGCCCGCAGAGAUGCAUCAGAAGAAGACGAGAGUUGUCAAGGAUAGGGAAGAGACAGGCAGGGUUCGGGAGCUCGGGGCUUGCUACCCUUGUAGGAUGAACAGGAAAGGGCGGUGGAACUGGAACAACCCAAGUCGCGAGCAGCCGGGCAAGUAUCAUGUAUAUCACCUGCUCAUUUCCUGCUCCGACGAUGUCAACAGCCCUUGGCUCCCCCUCAAGGCUCGUGCCUUCGCGCCACCGGGUCAGGGUCGACUGGAUAUCGCACUGCGUGAACCGCCUUCGGAAACAGAAACUUGGGAAGACGUAAUAUGUCGCUGGAUGGAACAACAGAUCCUAGCGGAGACGGUAAUGGACUUCGAGGCUGAGAUGGAUAGGCUGCUCGUCAGGUUUGUUCGUCAGGCGAGGAUGAACAUGCGCCCUGCGGGGCAGCAGAUGACUGGGGGGUUGCUGUCGAACCUUUUCCAGCUGAGGUGUAUGUGGAAAGUCUGGGGCUGCAAGCAACUCUUUUUUCGAGAAAAGCCCGAGUCCCGAGGACUUCCGUUUGACCUCCGGUUUGAGGCAAUUCAGGACUCGCUUCGGCGAUUUGCCAGCCAGAAGAUAUCAGAACUCGAGCGGAACAUCCUCCCCGAAAUCGACAAGUACAUCUCCGGGAAAGAAACAUCUCGCCCUGCAGCAACGGAGAUCGACAUCAUGAAAUGGUUUUCGUUGUGGCAGCUAAUGCUGACCUAUCGCCAAUCGUGGAGCUGGGUGUUGGAGCAACAACAAACGAAUGCUGCCCCAAUACCAAUCGAAGGUCAGUUCAUUGCCACCAGUGUUUCGUUCCUGGAUGCUGACCGAGAACUCAGUGGCGCCUAUGGACGUGACGAGACAUGA